CCAUAGUCACUCAAGAUUAUGCAAAGUGCGUUUUCAUGGCAUAUAUUAUUAGCCGCGCGCUCACAUAAUUUCUUUGUUUAUAGCAAAGCAAACCAGCUGUAUGGCGCGCAAGGAACAAAAUAAACCAAUUUCCUUCAUUAAUUAUUAGUUGCAAUAACUUAUUAUGACGUUAGGCGUGCAUAAUUUGUCCACAAGAACGACAGAUGUCCAAUAGCUUUUUAUUAGGCCGCAAAACCGCGUUGUUUUGGUUGAGAAGAGUUUGUGUUUCAAGGUUAUAUAAAAGGUAAGGUUCUUUUCAUGUUUUUAACCUCGUAUUGGAGAAAUUUCCCUUUAAAUACAAUGCACUUUUUGACUGUAGUCUUGGAACUAUCUUAGCCAAGUGUUCAUCGAUUCAAUACUUCGUAAUUUUAUAUUGUUUUGAGGGUUUAUCGCUUGAUAAAUGUAUCUUUCAAUUACAAGGUUAUCGAUGUAUUUCAGCUCUUUUCUACUGAGUUCGUAGGCUCACAUGGGACUGAUGAAUUCGGGACUUUACUCAAAUUUGAACAAUUUUGCCUUGCAUUCAAACAUAACGAAUGAAACUGGACCAUUUGAUCACCGCUAGCCAUACUAAUCCCUGUGUGAACAAACCUCAUUGGGGUCUCCCGUGAGUUUACAUAAGGUUUCGAAUUCAUCCAAUCUCAUGACGCGAUCGUAUACUCUAAGAAAACUCACAAAGCGCAACUUAAAUAAAGGUAUUUUAACUUUAUUACUAACUUUUUUUCUUGUCGUUUUGUAGGGCAACACGUCUGUUGUGUAUAGAAGUUGUCUGUUGUGUUUUGUUUGUCAAGAUAUUUGUACAUACAAGCAAAUAUUAUGUUAGAAUUUUGUAAGAAGAUUAUGCAGAGAGAUGUUUUUAAAAAUAUAACAAUAGUAUUGGCAGUCUAUGGAAUACAAGUCGUUUUAUUUAAAGAUUUGUUCAGGUGAGGAAUAGGGAUGGCCCAUACCGGACCUCUAGGAAGAACAGUUUAGAACUGAUAGAGCUAUCCAGUAUAAAUAAAGUUAGUUUAGUUUAGGUUUCCUCCUGUAGUAACACUGGAUCAAUAAGAGAUGAUCCUUACUGGACCUCUAGGAAGAACAGUUUAGAAGUGAUAGAGCUAUCCAGUAUAAAUAAAGUUAGUUUAGUUUAGGUUUCCUCCUGUAGGAAUACUGGGUCAAUAAGAGAUGAUCCUUACUGGACCUCUAGGAAGAACAGUUUAGAACUGAUAGAGCUAUCCAGUAUAAAUAAAGUUAGUUUAGUUUAGGUUUCCUCCUGUAGGAACACUGGAUAAAUAAGAGAUGAUCCUUAUACUGGACCUCCAGGGAGAACAGUUUAGAACUGAUAAAAACUAUUUUAGCGGGGGAGUUCUACUAAGCCAAAAUUGAAAUAGCUUGUCUUAAAAUUUAUUUCGUUAUGUUUAGAUGUACAUGCAGAAAUCACAAAUCGUAUGGCUUGACCUUCCUGUUUUUCCCGGCGAUUAUUCUCCUUGUUUUAAGUAUGAUCGUUUGCCAGAGAUUUUGGAGAGUCGCCACAACAAUUUUCAAGCACAGCAACUACAAGACAAGAUGUAAUUACUUUUUGUCAUCGUUAGUCGAGUUUUUUCGGCCGCUUCUCGCGCCAGCUUCGUGGAUCAUCGUCGCCCUACUUCGUGGCGAAUGUUACGUCUGUAUUCGCAUAGGGCCUGGGAGUGAAUGCAUGUCUGAUGAACAAGAAGUAAGCAAUGCAAUUUCAUUCAUUUGUGUUUUUGUACUUUGCAAUUUCUAUAUUUAUAAUUUACUUCACUAAACUAAACUAAACUAAACUAAACUAACUUUAUUUCUACUGGAUAGCUCUAUCAGUUCUAAACUGUUCUUUCUUUUAUUUAUACUGGAUAGCUCUAUCAGUUCUAAACUGUUCUUUCUAGAAGUCCAGUAAGGAUCAUUUCUUAUUGAUCCAGUGUCACUACAGGAGGAAACCUAAACUAACUUUACUAUACUGGAUAUAUAGCUCUAUCACUUGUAAACUAUUCAUCUAUUCAUUUUAUAGGUAAAUUCAAUCGACUUCAACCACUACUAUUUCCAGUCUUUUAUAUUGGGCUCAGCCUGUCUUGUUUCCAUGGUGAUAUUCGCCACUGGUAUCUUCUGUAUUCAACGAUGUUGUACGGACAGCUACGAUCGUCUUCCGACAUACGACGAUUUGAUUCGCGCCAAGAAAAAUGCAAUUGUGGAAGUAUUUAAGAAUAGAACCAAGGAAAUGGCGAAUGAUUACGCGGAAAAGGUCGUAGAGAACUCGUUUUGUGAUCAGAAGGAGUCGGAAAUUGACGUAGACGAACGAUUCAUCCAAGCGCGGGAAAAAGUGCAGGCGAUCUGUGGACAAAAACUGGCCAGCGGUUAUAUGAUUGAUAUUCCGUUUACUUCAAUGGAAAUGACUUCAAAUUCAACCAUGUGAAUGUAGAAAUGCCACGAAUGUGUUACAAAACCUGUUCAUAACAUGCUUGACAACAAGUCAUAACAAUGCUGUUGUUUUGUGAAGUUGUUAUACAAAGUUGUCACUGACAACUUUUAACAAGUUGGUAUUUAGAUGCAGGACGGUAAAAACCUGUAAUGAGUCGGUUGGGUAACUAAAUCAUAGUCUGUCAAGGUCUGGAAUCCCGGCAAACCUCAAUGCGACAAAAUAGAAGAGCUUUGUUUGAUGUUGAACUGUACCUAACCGUGCACAAACCCUUUGUCUCAACUUCAUUCAUUAAAUAUUAUUCAUCGUGGUUGCACGUUUCAUCUCAGCUAUCCCUAUUGGACGGUUACUUAACAAUCACCGUGAUUGUGAACAAAUUAACAGAAACUGAGACAAACACAUAAUACAAUGCCAAUUCUGUUUAGUAGGGAUGGGCGAUACCAGCUUUUUCAUUCGAUACGAUAUUUGCUCGAUAUUUGCCGGGUUUUUUCGAUAUCGAUAUUUUCCCAACUUGAAAUCAUUAACAACGGCCACAACGCUAACAAUAUAAACAUUGAAUAAUAUAUGUCAGUGAUUGCAACCAACAUAACCAGAAACUCCCAUCCUUCCCGUGGACCAUUAUAGCACCAUACAAAAUGAACUAUUUACGCCUAUUUAGGCUUUUUGGUAUCAUUUUCAUGAUGAUGCCGCUGACCAAAAUGAAAAAUAUCGCGGGCGCAGAAAUAUCGAAACAUCGAUAUUUCCAAUUCUUGCCAGUAUCGAUACUUUUCUUCAAAACCCUGGUAUCGAUAGUAUCGAGUAUUUGGUAUCGAUAUCGGCCCAUCCCUACUGUUUAGUGUCCAGGGGUUGGUUGUAUAAAACUCUUAAUCACUUUUUUAAUCACUAUUUUGUAGUUAAAUAGUGAUUAACUCUCACAUACGGGCUUCGUAUUGGAUGACAUUUGCACUUAAUUAUAGUUAACUUUAAUCACUUUUUUAUACAACCAGCCCCUGACCAUAUCUUGAUAGACUAUGACUAAAUUGCAGAAAGAUGGCUGUGAUUAUUUUCAUACAUAUUAAUCAAUAUUAUUAUCAUUCAAAAGUUUCAAACUUGUUUCAAACUCGUUGCUGAAUUAUAUUGACCAAUCAGAAACGUUUGAUAUAUCUCCCAUUAACCAAUCAGGUCACAGGAUGUCAAAUCUGAACCAAAGAAAGAUUAUUGCACUCAAUAGAAUCGCAGUGGGCAGAAAUUUUAAAAGCGGAAAUAAAAUAACUUGUAUAGUAGAUUCUCUUCUUUAAGCAAAGAGAAACUGUUCAAUUAUUGUCAGGAAAAGAUAUUAACACUAACACUAACACUAACAGCAGCAAAAAGGUCACGAAAAAAUGCGAAACUUUUUUCGAUGGUAUUUAUUAUGUUUAUACUGAUGUAAAUAUUAUGUUUUUUUCACAGUUUCUCACAGGCACAGUCAUCACUUUGACUUUGUUGGCGGUUUUUUUGAAUGUAAUAAAAUAAUUAUUGGUUUCGGCUUAAGCACGAUAGGCAUAUAGCCAUAGGCGAGAAUAAUUUAGACCUCGGUCAAUGUUUCCACCUCAGCUUCGCUUCGGCAUUAUUGAUGUCAUGUAUAAGCCGACGCCAAUAUUAAUUGUUUAUUAUGUAAAUUGUUUAUAUAAGAUGAUUGCAUAUUACGAGGAUUCUCGAAAAACAAAUUGUGCGUGACUGUCAGACAUCCG